AUGGCUACACAGCAAAAUAAGAAUAGAGUGUAUAUCCUUUUGCAAUACGUAUUGGCAGCAUUGGUGCUUAUUGCUGCUGUUGAGUAUUUCAAAUAUAAAACGCGUAUCUCCUACGAAUGGUUCCAUUGCACAGUACAAUCCGAAGAGCUCUUUGAUCAUCCAGAAGGAUCACCUCUGAAACUAUGGGCUAUUGGAGGUCCAUCAUGUGACAAGAGAGGUGAGCUGAAGACUAUUAUGAAGCGUAUUACAAUGGAUUUUGAUCCAAAUGUGGAACCAGUCAAGUUCUGUAUUGUGGAAGACACUAAGGUGAAAUCCAUCCAUUACCCAAUAGAAGACGGUAACAAAGGUGACCCAGGUUACAUCUCAUUCGUUGGGUACGAGCGUGACUCCGAUGUUGUAGAACAAGCCUGCGCUUCUUAUGCUGCAACCGUCUUCAAUUUAUAG